AUGCUAGAGCCUCUGAAUAUUAUCUAUUUCUCUUUCACUGGUGCCGCAUUCGUUGUCGUCAUCAUUGUCGUCAUCGUUCGGACAAGGCGAAGGGGCCAACAUGACUUCGACAGGGCCUUUCAACAUCACAUACAAAGCAAUCGCACGGAGGGGACCAUCCACUACACCACGCAGGACAUGAUUGAUUACCCCUACGAUUCCCUCAUCAGGGGCCCCUUCCUCCUUCCCCCAGCUCAACGCCGAGAUGCUCUUCCAAUGACUGCCUGCGGUUUGGGAUCGCACACCAAUAGUCGACGUCGGAGGAGCUGCGAUGCGGAUGACGAUCACUGGCAUGACCACGGUGGCCGUUGUAACGAUAGUGCACCAUCUGGCUCCAACCUCUACUUCUCGAUCAUAGCCGAGGAGGAUGAGAAGGAGGAGGAGGUGGAGGAGAAGGGCAAGGCCAUGAAGGGGCAGGUUGGCGGAGGAUGCUGCUCAACUCGAGCACCACCAUCUUCUACUGACGGAGCGUAUGCUUAUGCAGACUGUCACGUCGGAAACAACGAUUACCAAAGAGGGGUGGUCAAAUCCAUACCGAACGAAGACUAUAAAUAAGAUUUGCAUUGAUUUCGUGAUACAGUACAUGGAGAUUCAGAAUAUGAAGAAUUGGAUGUUAACUUUAUCUGCGUACAAUUUAAGAUACAAGAGAGAGAGAGAGAGAGAGAGAGAGAGAGGCUAAAAUCACUUAUUAUUAUUUCAGUUGGGCUAGAUUCAUAUCUUCCAUUUAAUGAAGACAGGCCAGCAACC